AUGGCGCUCAAGGCACAGGCACUGGACGUCAUUGCGUCAGUGAUGGAGGAUGGAGACAUGGCGCUCAAGGCACAGGCACUGGACGUCAUUGCGUCAGUGAUGGAGGAUGGAGACAUGGCGCUCAAGGCACAGGCACUGGACGUCAUUGCGUCAGUGAUGGAGGAUGGAGACAUGGCGCUCAAGGCACAGGCACUGGACGUACUCACCAAGUUCAUGGCAUGCGCACCAGACGCCCUGAUCUCCAACUUGGACAUUGUAUCAGCUGCCCUGGCGGCAUGCAUGCACCUGCUGCACUCUGCCCUGCACUCUGCCACUGAUAGCACCAGUGAAUCCACUGCCUCGCUGGCAGCAGCAGAGGCAUCUCUGCUCAUCUCUGCCCUCAAGCUCGUCGCCUCCAUCGCCCCCCGCCUCUCCUCCCAGGGCAAGGUGCUUCUGCUACCCAGCAUCAUGACCACGUGCCUGCGCCUGCUGCGCUCUGCUCCACUCUCUGAUUCCUCCUCCUUCGACCAAGCUGACUCUCUUGCCUCGUCAGCAGCAGCAGCAGGAGCAGGGGUGGAGGAAGGGUGGGGUGCGGUUCUGGCAGAAGCCACGGUCACAGCCAUUGCUGCAGCCCGCAUUGGCUCCUGUGCUGACCCCACGGCAUCCCUGGGAGAGGUGACUCUGUGGUCGGGGCAGCGGGCCACAGUGGUGGCAGCACUGCUGGAGGGAGCUGCGCAAAUCGUGGACCGCCACCUGUGCAGCCAGGAUUCGUCAGGAGCCGAUGCAGUGGGUGAAGCAAGCAGUGGUGACAUGGAGGCGACUGGGAAUGCUGGUACUGCUGGGGACAGCAAGAAUGAGGAAGGCUGCGGUGGUGAUGGGGAUGGGGGGGAUGGAGAGGAGGGAGGUGAUGAGAUUAAGGACCAGGAAGGAGGAGAAGAUCAGAAGGUGCAGGUGGAGAGAGAUGAGACGUUGAGGAGUGAGGAAGGUGAGGAGGCGAAUGAAGGAAAGGGGGAUGGUGGGAACGUCGAGGAAGGGGGUGAGGGUAUGGUGACUGCAGCAGCUGGUGGUGACGGCAAUGGUGGAAAAGAAGCAGCAGCAGCGCCAGCAGCAGCAGAAGAAAAAGCAGAUCAGUCCAACAGCUUUCUCGACAUGUCUUCCUCUCCACUCGACACCAUCCCCAAUGCUGAUGUGGCCUUCUCAACCAUGUCGCCGCCAUCGUCCCCGUCAGCGCCACGUGGCGGCUUCUCAGAGCUGGAAGGCGCUCCAAGCGCCACGCGUGUGCUGCACGCGCUGUCGCUUCUGGCAGCGCUGCCGCCGCUGGUGUCGGGCGCGGGAGGGGAUUACUUUGCGAUCCAGCUGGAAGAGAGCGGCAUGGCUCGAUGCAUGCACGCGUUUGAAACAGCUUUUGCGUCCAAGUCACGACAGGUGCGCAUGGCAGUGAUAGGAGCCCUCAAGGUGCUGCUACAGGCGGGAUUGCCCAAGGCUCUGGCAACAGCAGGCGCAGCAGGGGAGGGAGGAGCAGAGGGAGAGAGCGAUGCUGCCGACAGCAGCAGCAACAGCAGCAUGAGGAGACAGGCAACUGUGGUGUGGUGGCCCAUGCAGCUCAUGCUCGCCCUCACUCCUGCUGUGCUCUCAGUCAUCCAGACCUCGUCCAAGGACCUACAAACCCCGCAGGCAGCCAACGAGGUGAUGGAGGCGCUGAAGCUCUUCCUGCUGCUGCUCUCCACCAUCCCGCCUCCCGACGCCAAGGAGAAACUGCCAGGGGCAGCGGGUGCAGCAGCGGCGGCAGCGGGUGGGGAGAGGCAGCAGGCGGUGCUGGAGCUGCUGCUAGUGACGGCGAUCAUGGCAGGAUCUCUUGCGCAGCCGGCGGGAGGGGAGGGGCAGCAGCAGAGCCCAACGCAGGCAGCAGUGAUAGGCAUGGCAGUGAAGCUCAUCACCCACCUCGCCACCGCCUUCCCCGCCAAUCUGCAAGUUGCCACCGCCGCCCUCCCCCCCGCCACCAAGCUACAGCUCCAGACCGUGAUCAAGUCCUCCGUCCAGCAAUCACAGCAACGCCGUGUCUCCUCCUCCUCCUCCCCUGCUGCUCCUCUCGCCCCUCCACCUCUCCCCACAGUCUCUUCCCCAUCUCUUCCUCCCCCCUCCACCACCACCACCAGCACCGUCAUUCCUCCUCCCAUCCCUCUCCCCUCAAGCGCCCCAUCUAAAGGCUUCCUCGCACCUCCCCCUCCCUCCUCCUCCUCUUCUCCCUCCACCUCGCCUUUCCAGCCCCCUCCUCUCACCCAGCUCUCCGCCUCCCGCCUCUCUGCCUCAUCUGCAAGCUCAGACACUGCUGCAGCCACCACCACCACCACCACCACCACCUCUUCUGCUGCUGCUACUGCCGCUGCUGCUGCGGAGGCCACUGCUGGGAACAUGGGAGGGUUUAGUGAUGACGAUGAUGAUGAUGAGUGGGCUGAGUUUCAGUCUAUUCGUUCCUCUACCACUUCCACCUCCACCAGUACAGCCCCCCCCAGUGCACGCCCCUCCGCCACUGACGAUACCGCUGCUGCUGAAGCUGCUGCAACAGACGCUGCUGUUGAUGGCGAUUCGGCUGUGUCAGAAGCUAGCCGUUUGGCACAGGAGAAUGGCUUGUCUGAAGCGGACAAAGCAGGGGCGGGAGGGGGAGAGGAUGGGGUGGGUGUGGCACGGGAGAGUGGUGUGAGCAGUGCUGCUGCAGACUCACUAGAUGAGCCAGAAGUAACAGCAGCAGCUGCUGCUGCUGCUGCUGCUGCUGCUGCUGCAACAGAGGCAGCAAUCGGAGCAGCAGCAGAAGCACCAGUAGAAGCUGCAACGGCAGCAAUGGCAGCAACAGCAGGUGCUGGUGAUGGUGCUGAAGCAGCUGUAGAUGACAGCGACUGGGGUGAUUUCGAAGACUCCUUUGCUUCUGCUCCUGCUGCUCCCGCUCCUCCUGUUCCUGCUAUCCAAACAGCAGCAGAUCUGGAGGAAAGUACUAAACCGGUAGCAGAAGCACAGGAACCAGCAGAUGCAGAAGCAGCAGCGGCUGCAGCUGACGUUGCGGGAUUGUCAGAGGAAGAUUUUGUGCAAGUUAGCCUUGAGGCGAGUGGAAGUGGUGAGGCGAUGGCAUUGGAAGGGAGCGGGGCAGAUAGCACAGGUGAAGAUGCAUCAGCGGCCACAGCAGCAGGAGGAGUAACAGCAGCAGCUGCCGUUGCAGAUUUGGUGGGUGGAGUGGAGGUGGUUACGAACGGUGUUGUGGUGGAAGCGUUUACUCAGGGAGCAUCUGAAGCUGCUGCAGUUGCACCAGGAGGAGAGCUUGCAGACACAUUUACUGCAGCGGCACCAGCAGUAGUUGCAGCGGUUGCAGAUGCAUCAACUGCUGUGGACGAUGGUGACGACUGGGAUGACUUUCAGGCCGUUGAUCUGUCCUCCCAGGCAGCACCAGCGAUCCCAGCAGCAGCAGCAGCAGCAACACCAGCAGAAGCAGUGGAUGCUGAUUCCUUUGACAAUUUCCUGGUGUCUGCUCCUGCUCCUGCUGCUGCUGCUGUUGCUGUUGCUCCUGCACUUGCUGAGUCAGCACCAUCACUUGCUGAGUCAACACCACCUUCUGCUGAGUCAGCAGGUCCCUUCGGCAGUAAAUCUGCUGUUCCUGAUUCUGGCCUUCUGGUCUUCGAGACGCUGACAGGAGCAGCAGGCUCGGAUGCAGCUAAGAAAGGCGAGGACAACGAUCCGUUUGCAGACUUUGCUGUGGCAUCGCUUGUGCCUUCUGCUGCACCUGCUGCACCUGCGGCAGCUGCUGCAACAAUUCCUGUUGCUUCUGAGGCCGCAGGUGAUGGGAAUGCUGUCUCAGAUGGAGCAGAGGCAAUCGUAUCAGCUGCGAAUGGCACACCUGCUGCUACUCUUGCCGCUGCUGGUUCUGACGCCGGUGCCACUGCUGGUCAGGUCGAGACUGCAACUGAUGCUGCUGGCACUAUUCGACCUAAUGAGAGUGUGGAUAGCUUCUAUGACUGUGAUCGUCUCGAUGUGGAGGAUGUGGAGGAUGAUGAGGACGAAGGGCCGAGGAAAGGUGGCUUUGUAGAUGAUGACGAUGACUGCAUAUGGGGGACCACGAGUGCGGCACAUGCCAUGUGGCGCCGCUGCGAGCGCCCCUUCCCCCAACCUCUUCGUUUCCUUACGGCGCUCCGCCAAUUACAUUCUCCGCCUCCUUUCCUCGGCCGAACCCUCCGUCCCGUCCCCCCGCUUCGUGUUCCCCUUGCCCCCAUUCCCCCUUCCCCCCUCCUCUCCUCAUCACGUUUCCCACCCGGAAUCUCUCCCAUCCCCCACUGCUCACUCACUCCCUUCACCCCAGCUGCAGUCCGGGGCUGCCCUUGCUCCUCCGUCUCUUCCGCCGCAAUCCACGCCUGGGAGUCCACUCCCUCCCAUCACCCCGCCGCUUCCAUUUUCGUCGGGGAAGGUUUGCCACGCGCGUCACCCCAUCUCGCCCCUCCGCUCUCCCGAUCCUCGCCGUUGGCAGAUCGCGCGUCGCAUUCUAGACCCGUCGUUAAACUCCCCACUCGAGCCACCAUGGCGCGUUGGUCUCACAUCCUCGCGCCCGCGUCCCGCCGCCGCGCGUCGCAUCUCCUCGAUCUUGCCGCGGCGCGCAGCCCCGCGCUGGCCACCCUCCUCGACACCUCCUGCGCCGCCUCGAUCGCCCCGUUCCGCGUCGCGUCGCAGCGUCAAUCCACGUCCGCUCCCGCCAACGCCGCUCCUGCCACUCCUCCUGCCUCUGCCGCUGCUGCUGCUGCUGCUGCUGCGACCUCCGCGCCUGCCGCUAACUACCUCUACCGCGAGAUUUACAACCGGCAGCGGCAGCUCGUGCCGAUCAACCACAUGGUGCCUGACGUGGCAGUCGACGCGUGGGUCGCGCCGAACGCGAUCCUGGCGGGCGGCGUCACGAUCGACGACCGCGCGUCCGUCUGGUACGGCAGCGUGCUGCGCGCCGAUCUGAACUACAUCCGCAUCGGCGCGUACAGCAACAUUCAGGAUCGCGUCGUCGUGCACGCCGCGUCGGCCUCCCCGACUGGUCUCUCCGCGGAAACCACGGUAGGGAGGUAUGUGACCGUUGGGCAGAACUCCGUGCUGCGAUCGUGCGAGAUCGAAGACGAGGUGGUUAUCGGGCAACGGUGCCUUGUCCUCGAAGGAGCUAUCGUGGAAAAGAACGCCGUUCUCGCGGAUUGCACGGUGGUGGGCCCCGGGCAGCUGAUUCCCAGCGGGCAGCUCUGGGCGGGCAGCCCGGCGAAAUUCGUGCGCGAGCUGACGGCGGAUGAAGUGGCGGAGAUUCCGAAGCUGGCGGAGUCGGCGCACUGGCUGGCGGAGCAGCAUAAGUCGGAGUUCCUGCCGUAUUCCACGGCGUAUAUCCAGGCUGAGAAGCUCAAGGCCGCGCUUAAAGCGUCCUCCGCUUAG